CAAAAUCAAAUUUCAAACUCAAAUUGAAAUUGUGUGUUUUAAUCGUAAUAAAUGUGUGGAGUAUAUAAGCCACUAACUGACCAAAGACAGCAUCCAGUUAAAGGUUUGGAAUCGUAGCGGGUUCUACAAAUCCUUUAUUUGUAGUGUGUUUUUUUAUAUCAAACAAAAAGAAAUCAUUUCAGUUUAUUUUCCAAAAAAAAAGUGAACUAAAGCUGUCUAGAGUUUUUUUUUGCCAAAAGUGGGUGUGUUUAUUGUUAAUAAUAAAAUCAUCAUGAAAUUAUUUAUCUGUCUCGCCACACUCCUGGUGGCUUCUGCCUGCGCCGAAACUGCGAAAAAGUCUGCCGAAAAGGUUCCUUUGGAGAAGAAACUCGAUAAACGUGGUCUCCUCGAAUUGGGUUACGGUUAUGGUCACUCCGGUUUGGAUGUUGGUUAUUUGGGUCACGGUUCCAUUUCACAUGGUCAUGGCUAUGGCCAUAGCGGUAAUGCCAUUAUAGGUCAUUCAGCACCAGCAGUCGCUUAUUAUGGUCAUUCUGGUUUUGCAGGUCUCGGUGGUGGUCAUGGUGGUGGUGGUGGUGGUUAUGUUGUCAGUGGUGGUCAUGGCGUGCCUCAAGAAUUCCUCAUUAGCAAAAUGGCUGAUGUCCACAAGACUAUUACCAUUACCAAGGGUAUACCCGUGCCACAUGUAGUCGAUCGUCCUUAUCCCGUGGAACACAUUAGACAUGUCCCUGUACAGGUUAAGGUGCCAGUGCCACAACCCUAUGAAGUGAUCAAGAAGGUGGCCGUACCCGUUAAGGAAUACGUUAAAGUACCCGUACAUGUACCACAACCCUAUGAGGUUAUCAAGAAGGUGGAAGUACCCGUGCAUGUGCCCGUCGAUCGUCCCUAUCCCGUUAAGGUGCCCGUGCCUCAACCCUACGAAGUGAUCAAGCAUGUUCAAGUGCCCGUUAAAGUGCCCGUACCCCAACCCUACGAAGUCAUCAAACAUGUUCAAGUACCCGUUAAAGUGCCAGUACCAGUACCUCAACCCUACGAAGUAGUCAAGCAUGUUCAAGUGCCAGUACAUGUGCCCGUUGAUCGUCCAGUGCCCGUGUCUGUACCCAAACCUUAUCCCGUUACUGUAGAGAAACCCUACCCCGUGGUAGUUGAAAGAAAGGUACCCGUUCAAGUACCCGUACGUGUAGAUCGUCCUUAUCCCGUGCCCGUCGAUCGUCCCUAUCCCGUUAAGGUGCCAGUGCCAGUACCUCAACCCUACACCGUUGAAAAGCAUGUACCCUAUGCCGUUGAUCGUCCCGUACCCUACCCCGUUAAGGUACCCGUCGAUCGUCCUGUACCAGUACCUGUCACCAGACCCGUACCCGUUACUGUUGAAAAGCCCGUACCCGUGCCUGUUGCUGUACCCGUAGUAGCCGGCCACUCUGUUGUACAACAUGGUGGCGCUGUUGCCAUUGGUGGUGGUUAUGGUGGUGGUUAUGGCGGCGGUUAUGGUGGUGGUCAUGGUUUCUCCUCCAGCGGCCAUGGUUUCUCUUCCAGUGGUUAUGGUUUCUCUUCCAGUGGUCAUGGUGCCACCGUUAUUUCCGAUGGUCAUGGUUACCACAAAAAGAAAUAAGUCUUUUGUCCCAACACUAGGCUUCAUUUCAUCUAAAAAUCCCAAAAAAUCAAAAAUAUGUAAAUGAUUUCUUUUUGGUUGUUUUUCGCCGCCCCACCGGGAAACAACUUAUAACAUAACAACAACAACAAAAACUAGUUAUAAUUAAACUAACUUUCCCCCUCCCUCACCCCUGCCUUUAGUCCUUCUACUCGUCCCUUAACUUUACACAUUUUCUAUUGUGAAAAUUCUUAUUCAAAAAGAAACUUUGCCACUAGGUAUGCUGAUGCUUUACGGCAAAAUAAACAAAUAAAAUUAGUCCCUUCACCUAGCAAAAGUUAAUUGUUUGGGAAAGAACCCCUUGAGAAAAUAUUUCAAACACUGCCAAUUUAGUUAUUAAGAACAACAACAACAGCAUAAUCUUAAUUUCUAAUUUUUAAAAUAUUAUUUCCUUGCCCUUUAGCAAAAACAACAACAACAAAAAAACUAAGUUUUUAUAAUAAUUUUCCUAUUAUAAAUUCUCUUAGUUAAACUAACAACAUAAUUUAAUUGCAGCAAUUAAAUUAAUAUUUUUACCUUAAAUUUAAACUUGUAAUGUGAUAGUUUCGUGAAAAUUUUGUUUAUUUAAGGUAAAAUCAAUUGUCUUUGGGUUAUAAUAUUUUCUUUUGUUAAAAAAAUUCUAUUUUUAAUAAUUUUUUU